CAGUUGCAGGAAAUGAUGGCCAAGAGCCGAGAGCUGCAAUGAGUGCUCAAGAGGGGAAUCGGCUCUCAGAGCACAGUCCUCCGCCCCCGAAGAGCCACGAGGCGGCUAGAGCUGCCGGGCCCCCCUGCCUUGUAGGUCUCUGAAGGGCUCGCUCUGUCGCCCUCUCUUUUCUCCCGCUUCCCCUCCCCCUUCCCCUCCUGGCCAUUGGCAGGCGCCAAGAGAGAGGGAGCGAGAGAGCGAGGAGCUUAGCUGCAGCCCUCGCCAGCCCGGCCCGCCUACAUCAUGCCGGACGAGGUGACGGAGCCCGGUAGCGCCACGCCGGCCCGUGUCUCGUCCUUUUUCAUCGAGAACUUGCUGGGGGGAGAAGGCAAGGAGGCUAGCCGAGGCGAGGAGGAGGACGACGACGAAGACGAGGAAGAAGAAGAGGAAGAGGAGGGAGAGGAAGACCAGGAGGAGGCGCGGAGGCGGCUGAGGCAGCUGCGGGCGGGAGCCGAGACCCGGGAGGGUCGUGAGCGCUGCCUACUGGGAGCUGGAGCUGGAGCUGGAACUCGAGCCGGAGCCGGAGCCCGACCCGGCCCCUGCCUCCUGCCACCACCCCCUGCCUGCUGCCCGGGUCCGGCGUACGGUUUCGGUGCGCAUGGCUACGCGCUUGCGGAGAGCCCGGCUCAGUGGUACAGACGCACCCAUGCCAGCUACGUCGGAUGUCACAGUCCAGACACCAGUGACCGGGACUCCCCUGAGGUCGGCGAGGAGGCUGGCAGGCCGGAGAGCGGCUGCAGGCGGCGGUCCGGCGCCCCUGGGUCUUUGGAGCGCCUAGAUCGUGAGCCCGACGAGUCGGCCUGCAGCAGCAGUAGCGGCGGCGGAGGUGGCGGUGGCAGCGGACGCGGAGAGGAGGACAGGCCUGAGCCGGACUCUGCCGAACCUCGGGCUGCUGGGCGCAAGAAGAAAACACGCACGGUGUUCAGCCGCAGCCAGGUGUUCCAGCUGGAAUCCACGUUCGACGUGAAGCGCUACCUGAGCAGCGCCGAGCGUGCCGGCCUGGCAGCCUCCCUGCAGCUCACCGAGACGCAGGUGAAGAUCUGGUUCCAGAAUCGCAGGAAUAAGUGGAAGCGGCAACUGGCUGCAGACCUGGAGGCCGCGAGUUUGUCACCGUCUGCCCAAAGGCUGGUCCGGGUGCCCAUCCUCUACCACGAGAACUCACCCGCUACGGGAGGAGGCCUGGCUUUCCCCUUGUCGCCCGCGUCGGCGCCGCCCCCGCCGCCCCUCGUGGGCUUCCCGGGAGCGCUUGGCUAUCCGUUGGCCGCCUUCCCGACUGCCGCAGCUGCCUCUCUUCCCUUCCUGCGGCCCUCGCAGAUGCCGGGCUUGGUCUGAGACACCCUCUCUGUUUUUCGUCCCCUCCACCCCAGGCUUCCGGGCUCGCUCCCCGCCUCUCCCCUCACUCCCAUCCCAUACUCCCCUAUGCUAGCUCCUUGGCCCUAUGGGAACUGUUUUUAAACGCUUUGAAAAUUGUUUCAAGUGCAAUAAAUAGAUCAAGAGAAAGUGGGGGUGGAAUCAGGAGGGCCAGCAGUUCCUCGGAGACUGACAUAAACACUCCUGCUGCCUGCCACCAGGCGAGUUCUGUCCUCCGGCCCAGAUAACCCGUGCCCAAUCUGGGGGACUCUUCAGGGAUACCACUCCCAAACCCUUAGCCCAACCCAAGAGAGCCAAACUCACCAACCCGCUCCAUCCUCCAGAAGCGGGCCGGGAAUGUAAAGGGGACACACAAGCAACCCAGAGGAUCGGGACCGAAAGGAGCUGUAGACAUACAACUCACACACACAACGCUGAAAACAAAAUCGAAACAUAACACGUCAAAAACUCAAAACCACUAGACACAGCACAAUAUACGCGUAGAUGCGACACACGACAGGUAAUCAUCACACGACAGGAAAACACACAGGUAAUCCGGAAUAUUGCCCCAUGUGAAAUCUCACACACAUCGGAGGAACACACAAAUUGCUAUACCUAUACAACAGAAAUGCAAGCGUGUCCAGGAAUAAAUGCACACGGUAAGACAUAAAUUCAUAAAAACAGCCAUCUAUAAUGCAUAUAACUCUCGAGUACGCCGAAAUCUAGCAUGCUCUCACAACAUACAAACGAUACUACACAAAAGUGCAUAGAAAUAUAAACAGACUACACUCAAAUACCCAGAACAGCGGAACACAACGCGGAAAACCGCAGAAAAACAGACAGCACAAAUACAAGCAUGUAAGUUUUCAUACACAGACACUUUCGGUGUGUCCCCGCAUAAAUACUAUUGCUGUGUUGUCCCGGGCAGGACUGUCUGUCCACUCAGCCCUACGGUCAGGCUAUUUGGGUUUGGCCGGUACCCGAUCUCUCCUACUGCUUCCCCAUCUUCUUUCCUUUUACCCACACAGUGGCCUUGAAGUCCCAGGUCCCCUCUAGGGGAAGAGAAGAGUCGUCCAGGGCCUGGCACUCGGGGGAAAAAGCGGGCUCAGGUUCACAGAGCUUUGUGCAUCCCAGCCCUUUGACGACUUAACUAGUAAACCCCGGUCUUAGAAGCCGGAGGCAGCAGCUGCCUUGAUUUACAACACGGUUCUUCCAAUGGUCUCGGCUAUUAACGCACGAAAUAAAUAAGGUCUUUGUCUCUAAGGGCUGACGGUGACUUCCUCAACUCGCUAAUUAUCCUGUCCGAGUCUGAGGAUCUGUGUUCAGGCCCCGAAAGCCCAGAGCAUUGUACAAUUCGUUUUCCAGACAGUUCUCUGAGGCCUGGGAUGUAGCACGUGAGGCCUUCCAGCCAGAACAGCCUAGGGCUCUCUUCCCAGACAGUGGAACUAGGGCUGCGAGUGAUGGGAAGGGAGAGGAAGGAGACAUGUGUCGGGCUCAGAAUUUCUGACUGGAGCAGAGAAGCGCUUCCUUUUCUAUCGUUUCCCCAAAGGAACUAGUGAGUUCCAGUCUUUCUGCGCCCUGCGCAAUUCUCCCAGCUGCUGCACUGUCUCACCUGAGCCCGCAGUAUAUGGAGUAUUAUGCAUGCUUCCAACGGUGUAUUUUUUUUUCUAGUAAUCUUUUAUAAAAAAUUAUAAUAUCGCUCUCCCAAAUGUCCCGCCUGAAAUGCCGACAGUUUCUGAAUUAAGGAGUGGACUCACCCUAUGAGCAGAAUACAAAUUCUUGCAAAAAUGCAACCCGAUUCGAUUCAUCAAACAUUAAGCUUUUUAUUACAUAAAAACCCCUGAUGUGUAAAGCAUAGUGGAAAGAAUUCUGGUCUUGGACUCGCAGGACCUUGGUUCCAGUCCAGCUCUGCCAUUUGCUGUGUGACCUUGGGCAAGUAGUUUUACCUCUCAGAGCCUCGGUUAUCUUAACUGUAAAAUGGGAAUAAUCAUGAUAAUACAUUCAGCAUGAUUCCCACAGUAUUAAGUGUGAAGAUAGAAGUCUGGAUCUAUAUCUUGUCAUUGGACCCAGAUGUCUCUGGAGGAGAAACUGAAGCAGGUGACUUUGCACAGUCUUCCCUCACUUAAAUACAAUUCUCUUGCAUGUCAUGGCAUCAACUCCCUGAUGACAUGGUCCUCUUCCAGAACGAAGUACAAACAGCAACAGCUAUGUAAAUGAGAACUUUUAUUAAAGACUUGAGAUUAUUGAAAUUAGGGGAAUUGAUUAGCCCUGGGGUUUCUUCCAACUUGUCUCUCCACUACUACCAAUAUUCCUUGAAUAGUAGAAUGUUAAAGGCAAAUAGAACUUUAGCACAAGCUGUCAUCAUGGAAAGGAGCCUUGGAAAGGAUCUAGUCAAGUCUCCUUAAACUGCAAAUGGGUAAAUUAAGAUACGGAAGCUAAAGUGAUUUACCCAGAACUAUCCAGCAAAGUUACUCUAAGGGCCUGGUGCUCUUCCCACUACAUUUCAUUGUACUGGCUGUCUAGACCCUUGGAAACAUAAGCCUUCUUAGAAAAAAAAAAACAAUCUUUCAACUCUCUUCUUGUUAGGAAAUGUGUUUUGGUGGAGGGGCUGGAGGGAGGUGUGGGGAAAAGGGUUCAUCACUGGAGUCAAAGAUAGUUUCUAAAGUCUUCCUCUGCUUUCUCUGGAACGGUUGAAAGUCUUAUUCCAACCCCUGACUCUCAACUGUCCCCAGAACCCUUUCACCUCAGCAGAACAGCUGGCUGCUUCUGUCCAGGGUCCCAUUAUUCCCCUGUAAGAAAAGACUAAGGGCCAACCACUCUGGAUUUUUCUCUCUCCUGCACAUUUCCCCUCCAUCAGGGGAACCCACAUCCUUCUUCCAAUCCAUCCUUCCAAUAUACUUCUACCUCCAAUACAAAAGGGAAGAGGUACAUUGAAAUUAGGUUGGAGUCACAGAAUAUCAGAACUGAUUGUUCUCUUAGAGAACAUUGAUUCCCCUCCCAUUCUGUUUGCAGAGGGGGAAACUGAGGCCCAGAAAAAAUAAAUAAUUUGCCUAAGGUCACACAGCAAAUCAGGGACAAAAUCAGGACUGUCUCCCAGUUCUUGGGUGUAUUUCUGGCUUUGGAAUAGCAGCCCUUAGGUGCAGGCCCCAGAGACUUCCAUCCUUGCCCAAUAAAGGCUCCCUACCUGCCUGAGGAACAAGACCAUUAGUCUCUUGAAAAAGAGACAACCGGACUCUAACAGAGUUUGGUUUCAUUAUCGUUUACCGGGCAGGGAUAGGGAAUAUAUUUCAAUUCCGUUUUGUUUUGAAAGACUUAUGUGUCCUUAUCAAUAAAACGGAUUUUUAA